GAUAUGGACUAAUUCAAGCUGGCAUCCUAAUUACAUAUUGACUUCACCAUUUUAUAAUAAACUGAGAAUCCAAGAGUCUUUAAAUUCAAUAACGCCCAUCAAAGACUCAAAACACUUCAUGGUGUCUGCAUUCAUCGACCACAGAAUUGAUGGGACGAUUCGAGUCAUCAGCAUAAUCAACAGAGAAAGUCUUCAGCCACUUUACUGCGUUUACUGCAAUAUUGAACAUGAAUGUACAACUGUUGAGACUGAUGUCCAGAUACACAGUGACCAUUUUGGGUUCCCAUUUCAUGUGUCGGAUGUGAUCUGUAAAGGUAAACACUUGCAGAAUGCAACACAUGUCCUCAUCUCAACUAAUGAUUCAGUCAAUCAAACUACAAAGUUUUUACCAAUAAGAAAUCGUGUUACGACUGAGCACUUCAAGUAUAACUUCACAGUUUGCAUCUCUAACAUUUUCGGUGACUACAACAAUGUGCUGGAGUUUGCUCAAACUAUAGAGAUGUACAAGCUUUUGGGCGUUCAGCGAGUGGUCAUCUAUAACACUAGCUGUGGACCGGACCUGGAAAAGCUUUUAAAGCAUUAUGAAAGAGAGGGAAUACUGGAGAUUGUUUCUUGGCCAAUCGACAAGUUUCUUAAUCCAUCUCCAGGUUGGAAUUCAACAAAACACAAGGGUGACAUUCAUUACUAUGGUCAGCUGACAACACUCAAUGAAUGCAUUUACAGACACAUGUAUCAAUCCAAGUAUGUUCUCCUGAAUGACAUCGAUGAGAUCAUCAUGCCUUACAAAUAUGACAAUUUACCAUCUCUUAUGGACAACCUUCAAGCUACACAUCCCAAUGUGGGUUUGUUUCUUAUCGAGAACCACAUAUUCCCCAAAACACAGUUUGAUGACAGUGGUCGCUUCAAACGGCAAGAAUGGAGUAAAAUUCCUGGUAUCAAUAUCAUGGAGCACAUUUAUAGAGAACCUGUUCGAAAAAAUUUUCACAAUCCCACAAAGAUGAUAAUUAAUCCAAGGUUGGAGGAGCAAACCUCAGUGCAUUCCUCUUUAAGACACUUUGGAUAUUCUUACAAUGUCCCAUUUGAUGUUUGUAGGAUUGUACAUGUGAGAGUCCCACUGCAGGGCCAUCUUACCAAAGCUCAGCUGAAUGUGGACAAAAGAUUGUGGGACUUUGAACAAGAACUGCUACCAAAUGUUGACAAUGCCCUGAAGCUUUCUGGUUUGUUAAUGCCUUAGUUACAGUUGACAUCAUUUAUUAUAAUACAAUUAUAAACUUCUGUGGAAUUUUUAUUCCACAUCUUUCUACAUUUGUUGCAUUUUGGUUGCUGAUCCUCUGCAUGGGAUAUUAGGUUGCUGGCAGUUUAUAUAAAAUGAAAUGAAAGAUGUGAUUGUGAGAUUGUGGGUGUUUAAAGGUAAAAUGAAUUCAAAUAAACCAGUCAGUUUCUUGAGACUUAAUUGUAUUGCCUUGUAUUUAAAUUGUAAACUGUGUUCUUGUUCCAAGUACAUUACUGUAGGUUUUUAAGGGGCUGUAUUUGUCAAUCAAAAUUUUUUUUAUCCGUUUUUCAUUUGUUUCUGUGUUCUUAUUUUAUAACUUACAGUUUACUUGAUUAUUUAAUUACUUGAGAACUUUUUACUAUUCAUUUAAUUUUAGGCAAGGAUUUGUGUUAACCUUAGUGGUCACUUCUGAUUGAAACCAAUCCUUUAUUCAGCCGAUCUAAC